AUGAGCUCCAAGCUGUCCUCCGACUGGAUUCCUUACAGCACUUUAGACGAUGAGGGCACCAACCUCCGGCAGCAGAAACUGGACAGACAGCGAGCGCUCCUGGAACAAAAGCAGAAGAAGAAGAGGCAGGAGCCUCUGAUGGUCCAGUCCAACGUGGACGGGAGGUCUCGCGCUCGCCGCACCAAACAGAGCGAGGAGCAGGCUCCGCUGGUGGAGUCCUACCUCAGCAGCAACAGCAGCACCAUCUACCAUGUGCAAGAGGCUGAACAGGAGGAGGUGAAGGUGAUGGCAGACCCGCAGCCGCCUCGCUCGGCCAAAAAAGGCAGGGCAUCGGCCAGCUCCACUCCGCAGACAGGCAGCGACAAGAAGGAGAGAAAGGGAAAGCACAAAGGUCACGAUGGCCUGGCGUCCCAGAUGGACGACGCUCAGGUCCAGAUCCUGACAGUGGGCCACUCGGCUGCGGAGGACACAGACGGAGAGCCGGUCAUGAGCUGCACUCAGUCGCAGAGUAAACAGGACCUGCGCGUCACGAUGCUCAAGAAAGGCAUAUCCAGCAGUAUGAAUUUCGAUGAAGAGGAGGACGAUGAAGAUGAAAUCAGCUCCAGUUCCUCGCAGCUCAACAGCAACACCAGACCAGGCUCUGCCACAAGCAGGAAGUCAUGCAAGGAGGUGGCCUCAGCACCCACUCCUCCCGUCAGCGAGCCUGCCAUCGAUGUCGACGACCUUGAGGAGUUUUCUCUGCGACCUGCUCCCCAGGGGGUCCGAGUGAAGUGCAGAAUCACCAGAGACAAGAAGGGCAUGGACAGAGGCAUGUAUCCCACCUACUACCUGCAUCUGGAGAGGGAGGACGGCAAGAAGGUGUUUCUUUUAGCCGGCCGGAAGAGGAAAAAGAGUAAGACGUCAAAUUACCUCAUCUCCAUCGACCCCACUGAUCUGUCCAGAGGUGGAGAGAGCUUCAUCGGUAAACUGAGGUCUAACCUCAUGGGAACCAAGUUUACCGUGUACGACAGCGGUCUGAACCCGAUGAAGAGCACCACCAGCCUGGAAGCGAGUAAUCUGCGUCAAGAACUCGCAGCCAUUUGCUAUGAAACCAAUGUCUUAGGAUUCAAAGGACCUCGCAAAAUGAGCGUCAUAAUUCCUGGAAUGAACAUGGACCAUGAGAGAGUUUCUAUUCGCCCACGAAAUGACCACGAGUCCCUGCUGGCCAGGUGGCAGAACAAGAACACAGAGAGCGUGAUCGAACUCCACAACAAGACGCCCGUGUGGAACGACGACACACAAUCCUACGUGCUCAACUUCCAUGGCAGAGUCACUCAGGCCUCCGUCAAGAAUUUCCAAAUCAUUCACGACAAUGACCCUGACUAUAUUGUGAUGCAGUUUGGCCGUGUGGCAGAAGACGUCUUCACCAUGGACUAUAACUACCCCAUGUGUGCCCUGCAAGCCUUUGCCAUCGCCCUCUCCAGCUUCGACAGCAAGUUGGCCUGUGAAUAG